UCUGAGACCCAGAGCAGUGAUGUUUUCAUGCCUGCGACCUGCGCUAGUCAUUCUGCCAUGGCGCCCGUAAUGUCGCUGAUUAAGGAGGGGACAUCUUAGCAUCGCAUUUUCAUUUGUUUCAGUAAAAUUUACCCUGUGCGCUUUGUUUACCCUGGUUGAAUUUAAUAAGAUAAAUUUCUGAACCGGCCAUGACCGUGGAGCAGAAUGUCCUCCAGCAGCAUUCUCAGAAGCACCAGCAGACACUACUAAACCAGUUGAGGGAGGUAACGGGCACUACAGACGUUCAGCUGCUUCAGCAGGCUCUGCAGGUGAGUAAUGGAGACCUUGCCGAGGCCGUGGCCUUUCUGACCGAGAAGAAUGCUAAGGUUCCUCAACAAGAUGAGACAACAUACUACCAGACGUCCCAGGUGGCCAGUGAUAGAUACAUCAGUGUGGGAAGCCAGGCAGACACAAAUGUGAUUGACCUCACUGGGGAUGAUAAAGAUGACCUCCAGAGGGCGAUUGCUCUCAGCCUAGAGGAAUCCAACCGGGCGUUCAGGGAGACAGGAAUCACAGAUGAGGAGCAAGCCAUCAGCAGAGUUUUGGAAGCCAGCAUUGCAGAAAACAAGGCAAGUCUGAAACGCACCCACACAGAGGUAUGGAGCGAUUCCCCCAAUCCACACGACAGGAAGAGGAUAGACAGCUGCCCCGUGGGCCUGAAAAAUGUUGGCAAUACCUGCUGGUUCAGUGCUGUCAUACAGUCUUUGUUCAACCUGCUGGAGUUCCAGAGGCUGGUGUUAAACUACUCUCCUCCAGCCAGAGUCCAGGACCUGCCUCGAAACCAGAAGGAACACAGGAACCUGCCCUUCAUGCAGGAGCUGAGGAACCUCUUCUCCCUCAUGGUCGGGUCCAAGAGGAAGUACGUGGAUCCGUCUCGCGCGGUGGAAAUCCUGAAAGACGCAUUUAAAUCCAGUGAAUCUCAGCAGCAGGAUGUGAGCGAGUUCACCCACAAGCUGCUGGACUGGCUGGAGGACGCCUUCCAGAUGAAGGCCGAAGAAGACAGGGAGGGUGAGAAGCCAAAGAACCCCAUGGUGGAGCUUUUCUAUGGGCGCUUCCUUGCUGUGGGCGUCCUGGAAGGUAAAAAGUUUGAGAACACAGAGAUGUUUGGGCAGUACCCUCUGCAGGUCAACGGCUUCAAAGAUCUUCACGAAUGUCUGGAGGCGGCGAUGAUCGAAGGCGAGAUUGAGUCGUUGCAUUCGGCAGAGAAUUCGGCCAGAUCUGGACAAGAGCACUGGUUCACAGAACUCCCACCUGUAUUGACCUUCGAACUCUCCAGAUUCGAGUUCAACCAAGCGUUGGGACGACCUGAGAAGAUCCACAACAAGCUCGAGUUCCCCUCCAUGCUCUACAUGGACAGGUACAUGGACAGGAACAGGGAAAUAACCAGGAUCAAGAGGGAGGAGAUCAGAAGGCUGAAAGAGCAUCUGACGCUCCUCCAGCAGCGACUGGAGAGGUAUCUGAGUUAUGGCUCCGGCCCCAAGAGGUUCCCUCUGGCAGAUGUCCUCCAGUACGCCAUGGAGUUCGCCUCCAGUAAACCAGUCUGCACUUCCCCAGUGGAGGACAUCGACUCCUCAGCGCCCCCCGGUGGGACGACGGGGCCACAGCUGCCCCCACCAAGUGCAGCCGAGCAGGACUCCAUGGCUCCUGUAGAGAGCUCGGCCCCAGGCUUGGCCCCCACCACAGCCCCCACAGCAGCCCAGCAGCAGAGAGUCCCCAUUCACAAGCCCUUCACCCAGUCCCGACUACCGCCUGACCUGCCCAUGCACCCCGCCCCUCGCCACAUCACGGAGGAGGAGCUGAGGGUCCUGGAGGGAUGUUUACAUCGCUGGAGAAGUGAAGUAGAGAACGACACCCGCGAUCUGCAGGGGAGUAUAACCAGAAUCCACAGAACUAUAGAGUUAAUGUACUCAGAUAAAUCUAUGAUGCAGGUUCCGUACCGGCUUCACGCUGUGCUGGUCCACGAAGGCCAGGCCAACGCAGGUCACUAUUGGGCCUACAUCUACGACCCCCAUCAGCGAUGCUGGAUGAAGUACAAUGACAUCUCUGUCACCAAGUCAUCGUGGGAGGAGUUAGUCAGGGACUCUUUUGGAGGCUACCGUAAUGCUAGUGCCUAUUGUCUCAUGUAUAUAAAUGACAAGAAGCCCUUUCUCAUAGAGGAGGAGUUUGAUAAAGAAACAGGUCAGAUUCUCAGCGGUUUGGACAAACUGCCUCCAGAUUUGAAGCAGUAUGUGAAGGAGGACAACGAGCUGUUUGAUAAAGAGAUCGAGGAGUGGGAUUCUCUCCAGGCUCGUAAAGCCCAGCAGGAGAAACUGGCUCUGGCCACGGCCACUGCUGCAGCCUCGGCAGCAUCCAGCACCUCCACCUCGUCCUCUUCCCCUCAGCCCAUGAGCAUUGAGUCCAGCCCUCCAGACAACGCAGUUCCCCAACAGGAUCCGGAGUACAUGGAGCAGCCGUCACCCACACAUGACUCCAAACACCUGCAGGAAGACACGGAACGAGCCAUUUCCAAGGCUGUCGCCGAACAGGAGGAGAGAAGCCCCGAAGCAUUGUUAAACGCAGCCAUCAAGUUGGAAUACGGUCGUCUUCUGAGAUUUGCCCAAGAGGACACGUCUCCCGAGAAUGACUACCGACUACAACACAUCAUCGUCUACCUCAUCCAAAACCAGGCACCCAAGAAGAUCCUGGAGCGAACGCUGCUCACUCAGUUCGCCGACAGGAACCUGGCUUUUGAUGAGAGAUGUAAGAGCAUUAUGAAUGUGGCACGUGCCAAACUGGACCUGAUUAAGCCCGAGGAGGUCAACAUGGAUGAAUAUGAGACGUGGCAUCAGGACUACAGGAAUUUCCGUGAGACUACCAUCUUUAUGACGACUGGCUUGGAGCUCUUCCAGAAGACAAAUUACGUGGAGGCUCUGAUGUAUCUGAUUUACUCGUAUCAGUACAACAAAGAGCUGCUGGCCAAAGGGCUGUACAGGGGCCACGACGAGGAGCUCCUGGGUCAUUACCGCCGCGAGUGUUUGCUGAAACUGAACGAGCAGGCGGCAGCCAUGUUUGAGUCCGGAGAAGAACCGGAGGUAACCACGGGCCUCGGGAUCAUGAACGAGCUGGUGGUUCCCUGCAUCCCUCUGCUGCUGGUCCACGACGCCGAGCGCGACCUGCUGGCGGUGGAGGACAUGAGGAACCGCUGGUGCUCCUACCUGGGCCAGGAGAUGGAAUCGAACCUCCAGGAAAAGCUCACCGACUUCCUCCCCAAGUUACUGGACUGCUCGACGGAGAUCAAAAGCUUCCACGACCCCCCCAAGCUGCCCACAUACUCCACCCUGGAGCUGAGUGAACGGUUCAGCCGCGUCAUGGCCGCCCUGAGCCGAGCGCCCGGCGAGGGGAGAUGAGCUCCUCCCCCUCCGCAACAACACCCCACCCACCCACCCCGGGCUUCAAUCCAUGGACCUGUCUUUAACCCACGCCUUCCUUACAAAUCCAGGGGUCACUUGCUUAUAGCUGUUAUUCCUCUGUUACUCUUUUGCUGCUAUAGUUUUUAUCAUUAUAAAUAUUAUUUCACGUUUAUUUUAAGCGAAACGCGACGGAGGAAGGACGAAGGGAAGACGGACUGUCAGGAGGAAAAUGAGAUGAAGAGAAGUUUAUGGCAAAACAGUGGCAACCUGCAGUGAUAGAAAACCGAACACAUUCUGCUUCAGCUUCACAAAAACACACAAAAAAAACAAGUUUGAGAGUUUUUUUUUCCCUCAUAGUUUAUUAUCGUUGUUGUUGCUGUUUGGUUCCGGCUUCCCCAACCACGCUCAUAGUCCUUUCUAAAGCACCCUUCUCUGCGUGACAAGGUUCACCCCACUGCUCCGCCUCCAGUUUGGUACAGUAUUACCACGUUUUGUUUUAUUUUUCUAAAGGAAGUAAGAAAGAGAGCCUUCAGAUUUAUCAGCGGCUCGGCGUAUCUCCAAUGGGUCUCAUGUCUCUGUGGACUGUGCCAGAUUGGGAUGUUUUAAGUGCUGUGGUAGACAGCCACGGACUUUCUGUGGCUUGUUAAUAAAACGAGAGAAUAAAAUUUUAUUUAUGGCCCUUUAGGCCAACUAAACAAA